AUGACAAAGAAGAGAGCUUCAUCACCCAUGCGCCAACUUUUGAGGUUGGUUACAGGUCUCAUCAUCAUUGUCAGUAUCUUUCUAUGUCUAUUGGCUUUCCUUAGAGUGCUCCAUUUUCAGUCCAAGCUCCCACCAUCAUUCUUCACGUCUCAGAGGUCUCAUGCUUUCAUUCAUGAAGAUCAGUUUAAAGGCCCUCCGAAAGUUGCCUUCCUCUUCCUCGUUCAUCGGGAUCUUCCUCUUUAUUUUCUCUGGGACACCUUCUUCAAGAAUGGCGAUGUGGCAAAGUUCUCGAUUUAUAUUCGUUCAGAGCCUGGUUUUGCAUUUGAUGAAUCAACCACAAGUUCUGCUUUCUUUUACGGUCGACAGCUGAACAACAGCAUUCAGGUAGUAUGGGGAGAAUCAAGUAUGAUAGAAGCAGAGCGCUUACUACUUGAAGAAGCUCUGUAUGAUCCAGCCAAUCAAAUAUUUGCCCUUCUCUCAGAUAGCUGUGUGCCUCUGUACAACUUCAGUUACAUUUACAACUAUGUAAUGUCUUCUCCAAGAAGCUUUGUGGACAGCUUCAUUGAUGUUAAAGGAUUUCGUUAUGAUCCGAAGAUGUCACCUACUAUGCCUGAGAAGAGAUGGCGAAAAGGAUCCCAGUGGAUAACUUUGGUUAGAAGACAUGCAGAAAUUGUUGUCGACGACCAUACGGUUUUCCCCGUCUUCAGGAAAUUCUCGGCGGCCACCUAUAGACCUGCGUUUGAAGAGGCAACUUCUUGUAAGGAAAUACUGUCUUCUAAACUUUACAUGAAAAAGAAGGAAGAAAAAAGGACAGUUCCGAAGUAUCGCAAUUGCAUCCCAGAUGAACAUUACGUGCAGACAUUACUUGCAGAUAUCGACCAUGUAUACUAUGAGUACGAACAACACACCGAGUUCUGCCAUACCGGUUCCAAAAUCGCUUCAUGUUACUUGUUUGCAAGAAAAUUCACUGUCGGAGCUGCCAUGCGCAUUCUGAGAGAAGGUUUGAUUGGUCCUUAUGAUGUUACUGCAAUACCAAACAUGUGA